AUGGAGUCCACGGCUUCUCCUACUAGUAGUGCUUCCAAUCCUGAGCGCAGGCACACCUAUCCGAUUGCGCUUAAGCUGCGUGCAAUCGAGAUGCUUCGAUCCAUGCCGUACCGACAAGUCGCGGCCGAGCUCUCUGUUCCAAGCCGAACUGUGCGCAACUGGCAGCGUGUGGAGGAUCAGCUCUUGGCCUACAAAGGGAACAAGAAAACGACGAACUUGCCUGGUGCUGGCCGCCCAACCAUACUGCCGCAGCCUGUCGGACUUCUGGCAUUCAUGGACGCUCGCCAGACCCAGGAAUGGGUCACGCAGUACAUGGAACGCCAAAAGACUGGCCGUGGAUACGACCACCUCCUCAAGCUGCUGCAGGAGUUCUACCAUCGAAACGGAUACACCCACCAGCAAGCCUGCCGAGCGAAGAAGGUCCUUUCGGACCUUGAGAGCACCCGCACCGAUCAACAAGUGUCGAUCCCACCGCCGUUGUGCAAGCAGAUCGUGGUGGCGUUGGAGCGUCUGCAGUCGCCGCACAAUAUUUUUCACUUUGUGGCGUUCAAAAGCCAAGUGCGAAUGGCUUAUCUGCACACACUUCUGACGCUGCUCACCCGCGGCCGCGUGGGGCUGCUGCAAGAAGAGCUGGGUCUGCUCCAAUUUCGAAUUGACUGCUUGUGA